CUCCUCUAUUUAAGGACUAUAUAUAGAGAUCAUUGUCGGUCCCGUCGAGUGGGUCUCCUUGCUGCUGCGGUUUCUCGGAAACAUUAAGGUCUGAUCUUUACGGCUUUAAUCUCUCUAACCGGAAAUGACGCUCGGUGCCGGAGGAUCUAGCGUAGUCGUUCCUAGGAAUUUUAGGUUGCUCGAGGAGCUUGAACGUGGAGAGAAAGGUAUUGGAGACGGGUCUGUUAGCUAUGGAAUGGAUGAUGCUGAUGAUCUUUACAUGCGUUCUUGGACGGGUACCAUAAUUGGUCCGCACAAUACUGUACAUGAGGGCCGUAUUUAUCAAUUGAAGCUGUUUUGUGACAAAGAUUAUCCAGAUAAGCCUCCGAGUGUUCGUUUCCAUUCGUGCAUCCACAUGACCUGUGUCAACCCCGAGACUGGAGUGGUUGAACCAAAGAAGUUCAGUAUGCUGUCAAAUUGGCAGCGGGAGUACACGAUGGAAGACAUCCUGACUCAGCUGCGAAAAGAAAUGGCUGCAUCUUACAACCGAAAGCUCGCUCAACCCCCAGAAGGUACCUUUUUCUGAUACCCUAAGCUGCAAGGAGGACCUAUUAUCAGAUAUUGCUGGAUAUGCUGACUGUAUUUCUGAAAUGUCCAUAAAUAGUUGCAAAUUUAUGUCGUAAUGAAUGUUACUACACCAAUAUACAUACCCCGCAAACCUUGCAAUAUCUUUCUUUCCAUAUGCAUCAUGCUUGUUCUGUGUUGUUCUAAUUCCCCUUUGGAUUAAUGGAUUCAGUGUUAAAGGAGAGAUUGCCAUUACAAGUA